AUGCCGCGUGUCGCGUUCCUGACCUUGCUCCUCUGUCCCACGUUGCAGGCGCUUCUCUGCUGGGGCGGCCCCGCUGCAGCCUCCGUGCAGGAGCAGUACUGCGAGAGCCUGCCCGCGGCGAGCAACCACUCGGGUCCCCAGUGUAACGCCUCGGUAGACCUGAUUGGCACGUGCUGGCCUCGGAGCGCCGUAGGACAACUGGUGGCUCGGCCCUGCCCGGAGUACUUCUACGGUGUGCGGUACAACACCACAAACAAUGGCUACAGGGAGUGCUUGGCCAACGGGAGCUGGGCCGCACGUGUCAACUACUCCCAGUGCCAGCUAAUCCUCAGCGAAGAGAAGAAAAGCAAGCUGCACUACCACAUCGCUGUCAUCAUCAACUACCUGGGGCACUGUGUCUCGCUGGGGGCCCUGCUCGUGGCCUUCAUCCUCUUCAUGCGCCUACGGAGCAUCCGGUGCCUGAGGAACAUCAUUCACUGGAACCUCAUCACAGCCUUCAUCCUACGCAAUGCCACGUGGUUUGUGGUUCAGCUCACGAUGAACCCAGAGGUGCACGAGAGCAACGUGGCCUGGUGUCGCUUGGUCACAGCUGCCUACAAUUAUUUCCAUGUCACCAACUUCUUCUGGAUGUUUGGCGAGGGCUGCUACCUGCACACGGCCAUCGUGCUCACCUACUCCACAGACAAGCUCCGCAAGUGGAUGUUCAUCUGCAUCGGCUGGUGUAUCCCCUUUCCCAUCAUUGUCGCCUGGGCCAUCGGGAAGCUGUACUAUGACAACGAGAAGUGCUGGUUUGGGAAGCGAGCAGGAGUUUAUACUGACUACAUAUACCAAGGUCCCAUGAUCCUGGUGCUUCUGAUCAACUUCAUCUUUCUGUUCAAUAUCGUUCGAAUCCUUAUGACGAAGCUUCGAGCCUCGACCACAUCAGAGACGAUCCAAUACAGAAAAGCUGUCAAGGCCACCCUGGUACUGUUGCCUUUACUGGGAAUCACCUACAUGCUGUUCUUCGUCAACCCGGGUGAGGAUGAGAUCUCCAGGAUCGUCUUCAUCUACUUUAACUCCUUUCUGGAGUCCUUCCAGGGCUUCUUCGUCUCUGUCUUCUACUGUUUUCUGAACAGCGAGUUCCAGGCCUAUUUUUCAAAGUUUUUGAACUGUGCCCACCUCUUGUCUCUCUCUGGCUUAGGCCAUAUCUUCAUCCACGCGGAGAGCAGCUUGUUUUCACUGCCAUGCAGCCCCACAGGGAUGGAGGUGCCCAAUCCCACCUACCACUGGGUCCACGACAAGGAAGACCACGGGAAUCUCAAAGUCAGUGAACAAGGACAUCUCCUCUUCAAAGAGUUCCAAGCAGGUGAAAGUGGAAACUACUCCUGCACCAUCUCCUACAUGGAACGCGGGCUCUCCAAGUCCCAAACGUUUCACUACAGUGUGCUUGGCUACCACGUACUUGGAGGCCUGGAGACCGUGUUGCUCUUCCAGAGCAAGCGCUGCGAGGAAAAGUGGACCAAGAAGUUCCUGUGGAUUUUGCAAGACAGCCUGAACCAGGUGGCAGCCAAGCAGCACUGCAAAUUCCAGCUCAUGGGAUUCUCCUGCUUCCCCACACUGAAUGAGCCUUUGCACAAGGUUUUUGUUGAAGUCCAGCUACAAGUGUCCUUCUUUGGGCCCCACUGGGAUGAGCGCUGUGUCUCCCAGGACCAGGAGAAGGUUGCAAACUGCUACCACAGAGUAAUCCAGCAGAACAUCUGGCAGGUCCAGCUUGUCAUGAACGAGUUCUUUAAAGAGCACAAGUUCUUCCACGUCUCCGGAGCUGAUAUCCCCCACGUCAUUUUUACCAACAAUUUUGUCGGCUUCCUGGAGACCCAGCACUGCAAUGGGGGCUACGGACAGACCAAGCAGAUGCAAAGAUGCCUCGACUGCUGCAUUGUAUGUCCACCAGGAACGUUCAGCCCUCCUAAGGACAACCAAUGCUCCCCAUGCCCUGUUGGAACCUACAGCCUGAUGUACGGCAUGGCAUGGUGCACUUCAUGCAAGGAAGGUCUGGUCACCAGGACCGCAGGCACCAGCUCCAUGGAGGACUGUGUGGAAGGAGAGGAUAAACGGGAUGCCUCCACUGUGAGCAGGAUCCCAGUCCUGACUCUCAGCAUUGCGAUACCACUACUAGUCAUCAUCAUCAUCCUUCUCAUCCUGUGA